UUUUUUUUUUUUUUUUUUAAUCUCUGUGGAAUUGGUCUCGCAAGCGAUCGGGAUUGUUUUUAAUAUGUCAAAAUGUGUCUGCUGACGCCACUCCUGCUCUUCGGAUUUGCAUUUUUUCAAGUCUAUGGAUCCCGUCUCCGCCAAGAGGACUUUCCACCACGGAUUGUUGAGCACCCUUCAGAUGUGAUCGUGUCUAAAGGAGAGCCAACUACUCUGAACUGUAAAGCUGAAGGACGGCCAACCCCCACCAUCGAGUGGUACAAGGAUGGAGAGCGGGUGGAAACGGACAAGGAUGAUCCACGCUCCCACCGGAUGCUGCUGCCCAGCGGAUCUUUAUUUUUCUUACGCAUCGUGCACGGGCGCAGGAGUAAACCCGAUGAGGGGAGCUACGUUUGCGUAGCAAGGAACUACCUUGGAGAAGCUGUGAGUCGCAAUGCAUCUCUGGAAGUGGCAU